UUGUUUCCUCAGGGUCAAGGAGCUGAGCCCCCACAGCGGGUCCAGUGGGGAGCAGCCAACUCAGAUCAAAACAGAAGAGAUGGAAGCCAGCUCUGGUGGAGCGCUGAACGCAGGCGAUUUCUCCAAGGACGAGGAGGAACUGUCUUCUCAGAUGUCCAGCUUUAAUGAAGCCAUGACUCAGAUCAGAGAGCUGGAAGAGAGGCCCAUGGAAGAGCUCAAGGAGAUUAUACAGGUGUCAUCAAGGCCUUGCGCCUGGCCAUGCAGCUGGAAGAGCAGGCCAGCAAACAAAUCAGCAGCAAGAAACGGCCCUAGUGAUGACUGCAAAUAAAGAUGUUUGGUUUCACCCCCAGCCUUUUCACCACCUCAUCCCUCCCCAUUGAGCUUUGGGCACCUGGUGGGUCUAGUUAGGGCCUGAGCUGGGACAGGGUCUCAGCGGGGAAAGGCCAGGUAUGGGUGCAUUGGGGCCAGGGCAGCUGGGCAAGGGGGUCAGAGUGACAUGGGACACUCCUUUCCCUCAAUUGUAGCCUUGAGGGGAGCAAGCAAGGAUGGGAGGAGGGAGCUCUUGGUUACACUGUGUGUUGUUGCCCUUCUCUCCGAGUGGGGAAGGCUCGCUGGCAGUUUUCCCUUGGUUGGCAUUCUGCCCGUGUGGACUGGUUGCUGGUGGAGAGGU